UGGGCAGCAUGCCUAGUUAUUAUUAUAGUAGGGUACUUUGCAUUACAAUCUCUAAAAUGAAAAGAGUAAUGAGUAAUGGGAUUUGCAAUUUGUUUUUUUAUGCGCACUUCUUCGCCCCAUACCUGAACAUGCACGUUUCUAGAAACUGAACAACUGACAUGUUUCGUGUAAACAGAGAAAAUAUUUUUGUGCUAGCCGCCAGCGGACAUUUAAAUACAUUUACACCUGUAGUUUGCUGCAUACGUUAGGAGACGGCCCAGCCAUGUGCACUCCCAUAGUUGACAUGGAAAAAAUAGCCAGAGACCACGCGCGGGCCAUGCUGCCAGCAGAAGUGAAGAAAUACGCAGACAAGGUCCCCUUCUACGACUGGACAACAAUGGACGUCUAUUACGGACCGACCCAGUACAAACGAAAAGACGUAGUGCCCCAGCCUAAGGUUCACGUGCUGUACUGCGCCAACCUGUCCAACAACACGGGCUCCGAGCAGUGCUACUCCCUGACCAACGAGAGGUACACCCUCUCCAGGUGCAAGAUCACCUACCAGAGGAACUUCAAGUACGGCGGCAAAUGCGGCGUCUCAGCGGAGCUGCCCGGCGUCAAGACUGGCAUGAAAGCUGACUUCACAGGGGAGGUGACCAAGUCUAAGGGAUCUGACGUGGAGAAGGAGCAGAAGUUGAUCUGGUCAGUCAACAGCAGGCUUAGGGUCAAGCCCAACCAGACAGCCAAGGUAGAGAUGGUCGUCAAGGAGCAGGAGUUCAACGAGGACUUUGAGCAGCUCUGCACGUUUGAUGGUUUCGUGACGCUGAUGUACGUCACCAAGAAAGACCGCGAGCCCAUCGUGUUCCUAGAGCUUACGGCUGCCGACAUACUGACCAGCUGCCACGGGUUUCACCCUGACCACGACGGCAAGCCGACCUUUGUCAUGAAGGGCACGUGCUCAUGCAGGAUGGCAGUGGAGCAGAGCAUUUAUGUGUCAGAGUCGUCGUCGGUCUAGUCUUAGUCUAGUUUUAGUGCAGUCUAGGUCCAGUUUUAGUCCAGUCUAAGUACAGUUUUAGUACAGUCUUUGUCCAAUCUAGGUCAAGUUUUAGUACAUUCUGUGUCCAGUCAAGGUCCAGUUUUAGUGUAGUCUUUGACCAGUUUAGGUCCAGUUUUAGUACAGUUUUUGUCCAGUUUUAGUCUAGUUAGUUUAUGUCCAGUUUUAGUUCAAUAUUUGUCCAUUUGUAGUCCAGUUCUAAGCAAGUCCAUUCUUUGUACAGUCUUUUUUCAGCCCAUUCAUAGUUCUAGGUUUAGACCACUCACGUGUCUAGGUUUAGACCACUCACGUGUCUAGGUUUAGACCACUCACGUUAAACCACUCACGUGUCUAGGUUUAGACCACUCACGUGUCUAGGUUUAGACCACUCACGUGUCUAGGUUUAGACCACUCACGUGUCUAGGUUUAGACCACUCACGUUAAACCACUCACGUGUCUAGGUUUAGACCAUUCACGUGUCUAGAUUUAGACCACUCACGUGUCUAGAUUUAGACCACUCACGUGUCUAGGUUUAGACUACUCACGUGUCUAGGUUUAGACUACUCACGUGUCUAGGUUUAGACCAACAUGACACAAGUCCUCUCACACUUUUGGUUAUAUUAUCUGUCCAGUUUUGAUUUAACAUGCAUAUUUUUAAAGAAUAUUUAGUUUUUUUCAGUUCUAUUUUUAAGUUGUUUUAAUACGCACUUCAUACAAAAACACACAACACGUGUAAAAAACGCAGCACACAUAUAACAUAGCACAUAUACAACAGAGAGCACAUUUUUAAGUUAAUUGUUUUAAUAUACACUACAUACAGAAAAACACACAGCACCACAUAUACAACACACAGCACAUAUACAACACACAGCACAUAUACAACACACAGCACAUAUACAACACACAGCACAUAUACAACACACAGCACAUAUACAACACACAGCACAUAUACAACACAGCACAUUUACAACCUUAUACAGUAAAAGAUUUGCAUUACAUAAACAACACAAAUACCAUACAACCUAUAAAUAACACACAUCAUAUAUAAAGCGCAGAACAAAACAAUGAAAUGGUUAUUGUAGAUCUCUUGUUUUACCUUCUACAAAUGUUAGAUAAGAAAAUAGAUUUUAUGUUACACAAGUUCAUGCAAGUUCUUUUAAAACUAAUGUUGUAUU